CGCCCAUAGAUAUAUAGCUAGACUGAGAGGGCAAAUGUACUAGGGAACAACAAAAAACGCAAGGUCAAGAUCCGCCCAGGGGCGCGACACCUUCGUUAACCUGGAGGUAACCACAAUCAGGCUGUUUGUUUGCGUCUUUUUCCAGCAGAGGCGAUACAGAGACAAUGUUGGACAGGGGCCUGUUGUUCCUACUGCUACAGGGAGUGGGUGUUCUGGGCCAGGAGUGUGCCGUGGGGAAAUAUGGAGAACACUGUCAACUGAACUGCAGCCGUCACUGUGCCCCUUAUUCCGGCCAGGAUGUUCACUGUCACAGACACAGUGGCAAGUGUUCUGAAGGAUGCAUCCCGGGCUGGUACGGUGAUCAGUGCCAACUGUCCUGUAGCAGGAACUGUCAGCAGCACAUCUGUAGUCAGCAGACUGGUCACUGUACCUUGGGUUGUAAAGGAAACAACAUGGGGGAUUUCUGUGAGACACCUAUAGAAAGUGGUCCAAAACAAGGUGAAAACGAGACAGCACAAGAACCUGCCUCAACACCAGUGGCUGCAAUACUUGUCCCUGUGUUCACCAUACUCAUCAUCAUCAUCAUCGGCACUGUGAUUGUACUCGUCUUUAGACACAGAAAGUAUGAAUACAUUAUACUCAAAGAAGGUUCACUGGUAGCACACACGGAAGUGAGCAGUUAAAAUACACAGUCGUAAAAUCACAAGUAAAGAAAAACACUGCCACAAGUUUACCCAAUGUUUACUAGAUACUGCAAACAAUACACAAGCAACAACAUACUGAGAAGCAUUGCGAGAUAGCUUAACACUUCCAGUCAUAAACGGAUUGUUUCCUAAUUCACAAAAAAAAAAUGGGCAUUUCUAAUGUCAAAGUGUAUCGGUUCCUGCAGUGACAUUGUUCCUUUGUACUAUUUUCUCUGGAUGAAUUACUCCCUAUACACUCGGGUUCAACCACGGAUAGCAAUUAGAACAUUUCAAACGUAUUUCAACCAUAAAAAAUCACCUACAUAGUCACCACCUACCUAUAAUGUACCUGAAACCACCAUGUGAAUAGAAACCCUCCAAAAGUGACAUAGUGUCACCAGAGCUUACUCUCAGAGUCCUUUUCCCACCAUGACCAAGUCGAGGCUGACUUCAAAUCUCCCAGCCAGCCAGUCACAGCUCAGCACACAUCCUCAGGCAACCCCAGGGGUCCAUUUUAGGUUACAGAUUGUAUAUCUUCACUUCGCCUCAACUAUACCAUGGGGGUCCUUUCAGGGUUGCAAAACGUUCAUUACACAUGAUUUGCCAAGAACCUUUCAAUGAUAAGAUACUUAUAUUCUACUGCUCGAGGCCAUAAACCAUGGCUUGUGAUGUGUGAACACUGCGUAUGUUACAUCCGUAGUUUCUAAGGGCUCAGUCACACAUGCAGGAUUUUUACUGCCGUCUAGGACUAUUCACGAUUAAAAUUUGUCAA